UUUAGGAUGUGAUACAACAUUGGUGUUUGAAUGAAGAAGCUUGAAAUCUGAAACUUGAAAAUGGUGGUAAGGGUCGGGUCGCACUAGUGGACAAAAUUGUUUUUGUUGUGACAAAAUUCCAGACAAAUAUCUGUUUCUGGUAAAAUUUUUUUGUUGUUUUAGGGUUGCAUGCAAUUUGCAUUCCUGUCAUACACGCAUCAUUGUGUCAACAAAAGGAAACUUUCCCGCUCCUGCUCAAGGUGUGUCACAAUAUCACACUAUAUUAAACAUUUAGUGCAUGAUCAUGGAAUCACAAGAUGCAGCUUUCGCUUUGUUGAAGUUUUAUUGCUUUUAACUUGCAUGCAGGCUAGAAUGGCAAAUCUAUACAAUCUGCACUGUAUUUACAGACUUCAUAACUUAAAUAUCCAGCUAGUGUUGUUGGAAUACGAGCGUCGGAUAAGACAGCAUAGACGGCGAAGACGAUACAAUCCAUACCGCUGGCAUUUGCCAAGACCAAAUGGAUUGUGGUUCGAGAUACACUUCAGGAAUCUUGCAAUUCCUCCCAACUACUUCAAAAGCCAGUUACGAAUGAAUAGGAAUACCUUUAAUGCACUUCUCAAUAUGCUGCACCCUUUUCUUCUGCAGCAAAACACCUUGUUGCAUGAUUGCAUUCCUCCAGAAAAAGUGCUCACUCUUGGUCUUUACCGUCUUGCACAUGGAAACUCGUACUUGACAAUUGGCGCUAACUUUGAUGUAGGGAAAAGUACCGUAAUGGAGGCAGUUCAAGAUGUUACUGGGGCACUUUUUGAACUGAGAAACGAGUACAUGAAACUUCCAGUAAGUGAAGCAGAGACUAGGACAUGCAUUGAAACAUUUUCUGAACUUUCUAAUCUUCCUAAUGUUGCUGGAGCGAUUGAUGGCACCCAUAUUCAGAUAAAAGCUCCCGAUGAAAGCACUCUUGAUUAUUUUAGCUGCUUUCAUCAGUACAAUUUUAUAGUUCAAGGGGUAGUGGACGGCCACAAACUGUUUCUCGAUUUCGCCACCGGACAUCCUGGAAGUCUUCACGAUGCCCGAGUUCUGAGAAACAGCACAUUGUACAGACAUGGGGAGCAGGGAUGGCGCAGUGGAGCAGGGAGCAGAGAUGGUGCAGUGGUGAGAGUGCUCGUCUCCCACCAAUGUGUCCCAGGUUCAAUUUACGGACCCGGCGUCAUAUGUGGGUUGAGUUUGUUGUUGGUUCUCUUCUCUGCUCCAAGAGGUUUUUCUCCGGGUACUCCGGUUUUCCCCUCUCCUCAAAAACCAACAUUUCUCAAAUUGCAAUUCAAUCCUUGAAUGCACUGACAUUUCUGAACGAGUUCUGUGAAUCCCUUGGUGCUCUGUGGGUGAACAAAUUACUUUUAAAUUUACAUUUUACAUUUACAUCCUAAAAAGUCCUACUAUACAGAUUGGUCAUCAUGAAAUUUGGCCGUAUCUCAUCGUGGAUAGUGCUUAUCCCCUUGGACCAUGGCUACAAAAACCUUUUCCCUAAGCAACUAGGGAUCAAGACAAGAUUUCCUUCAACCGAGAGCUGACUGCUGCCAGAGUUUCUGUUGAAUGCGCCUUUGGUAUCUUAAAGAGCCAAUGGAGGAUUUUAGCAA